AUGUCCGAUACCGCCACAGCUGCAGAAGAAAAUGACCGUGCCGCUUAUCUUUUAGAUGCACAAAACAAGGCCGUCCAGCUAUUCGAGGAAAUCGAGCGCGAUCUCGUUCGCCCAGGCGUCAGUGAAAAGGCACUAAGCGAUGAGAUUCAUCGCCUUGGUGCCGAGCGCCAUGGUGUGAGGACUCAUUGGCAUAAACGGGUUAUUCGAAGCGGGCCGAACACAUUGCAGCCGUAUGCAGAGAAUCCUCCGGAUCGCAUCAUCCAACCCGAUGAUAUCCUCAUUGUCGAUCUGGGACCGGUUUUCGAAGCCUGGGAAGCCGACUUUGGGCGCACCUUUGUUCUUGGGGACGAUCCUAACAAGAAACGACUUCUCAGCGCCCUGGAUCCGAUGUGGGAAAAGGUAAAAUCACACUUCCGUGGUAACCCUGACAUAACUGGCCAGGAGCUGUAUGAUUUCGCUUGCAAUGCGGCGCAGCAAGAUGGAUGGCAAUUCGGUUCACAAAUCGCCGGGCAUCUUGUUGGAUCUUUUCCGCAUGAACGGAUCCCGCAGGACAAAACGGCUCUCUACAUCACCAAGGGAAAUGGUGAGCGGAUGAAUCUCCGUGGCAAGGAUGGAUACAAGCGGCGUUGGAUUUUAGAAAUUCACCUUCAUGACCCCGCUCAUGGGUUUGGCGGUUUCUGCGAGCAGCUCCUGACCGUUGACUAA